GAUUGUGUUUGAUCUGCUGAUGAAGGAGCAGCAGUCUUGUUUUUUCUUUCAAAAACUUGAAAGGAAAUUGAUAGCACCAAUUUUGGACGAAGAUCAAAUCAAACCAGCAAAACCUAUAAGAUAUAAAACUCUGCAGGAUGGAAGUUGCUCUGCCUAUAUCAGUCCCCAAACUUUAAUGCUUUCUAAAUCCAUGGAGCACCGGUNAUUGAAGCCCACAUUUCCAGUUUCCUUAUUUUUUUCUGGAUUGUCUUUCUGUGACAGGAAGAUCGCAGAUCCGGCAUUUGUAUACAAGCUGCUUCUGGAGCAGGCAACUACAAUUGGUUGCUCAGUGUGGUGGGAGAUCAAAAACCGUAAGGAAAGGAUUAAACAGGAGUGGGAUCUUGCACUUCUUAACGUUCUAACUGUAACGGCUUGCAAUGCUGCUGUUGUUUGGACACUUGCUCCUUGUCAUUCCUAUGGGAAUACAUUCCGCUUCGAUUUGCAGAACACAUUACAGAAGCUUCCGAACAAUAUCUUUGAAAAAAGUUAUCCUUUAAGAGAAUUUGACUUGCAGAAGAGAAUUCAUUCUUUUUUCUAUAAGGCAGCAGAGUUGUGUAUGGUUGGACUCAGUGCAGGAGCAGUGCAAGGGGGUCUAUCAAAUCUUCUUGCCAGUAAAAAAGAGGGAAGGUUAUCAGUGAGUAUCCCAUCUGUGAGCAGUAAUGCACUUGGUUAUGGGGCCUUCCUUGGUGUUUAUGCAAACCUGCGUUACCAGCUGUUGAAUGGAUUUGACAGAGCUGUAAUUAGUUACUUUGAUGUUAUUGGGGUGGCUCUCUUCUUCAGCACUGCCAUGAGAGCCUUGAAUGUUCAAGUAGGAGAGACAUCAAGGCUAGCUUGGCUUGGUGUGGAGGUGGAUCCAUUGGCUCAUUCAGAUGAUGUAUUGAAGGCGUACAGUCGGCCUACUGAAGGUCUCGAGCAGUCAUCAUCAAAGUGGUUCAUAUCCAAGAAUGCCAUUGUUUCCGGGCUCGGGCUUCUUGGUAUCAAACAGGGUCAGAGUAACUCAACGACUGAGGGUGAAACACCAGCAGCUCCCAAGGCUCGGAGAAAAAGAGUAGUCAAGAAAAAGGUAGCAAGCCGAGCCUAGGUGGUUGAUAUAGUAGGCCAUCAGCUGCUCACUUUUUGCAAACCUGAGUCUUGGAUGAGGAUUUUUGGUCUAAAGAAGCUGAGAUGCAAGUUCAGUUAUGACCGUUACAGCUGGAAGUGAUUCAACUGUUCCAGGAUACUGGGAAAGCUGCAUCUCAGUUGUUUCCUCAUUCCUUUCUAGAUUUUUAUAACAAGAUUUAAGAUUGAAGUUUGCAAAUCUUUUCAAUGGCUAGGUUGUAGGUAUAUUGCUGAUCAAUCAUUUUUUUCAGAUGCUUAUAGUUUCAUGGCUACACCUUAUCUACUUUCUUUUUCUCGCUGGUAGUGUCAUGCACUAGAGCUCUAUUAUGAGUACGUUUACUUGCUAGGCAGGGAUUGAGAAAACUUAGGCCUUUUUCAUUUCUUUUUUGUUAUGUUUUUCCUAUUCGAAUCCAACCAAGAUGUACAAACUUCCACAGAAGGAUUGACAGCUUAUAAUCUUUUCUGCCGUAGUUAUUCUGUUCUGUUUGAUAUUUCUAUUAA